AUGACGCUCAAAUCGACAUCUUUGAAAAUGUCUCCUCUUGGAUGGUUGCGCUCUACUCCAUCCAAAUCCCGACCUAUCCCUGCCAGCGUCCUCCGGGCUUCUCAAUGUGUUGAAGAGGAGCGUGCGCCUCAUUAUAACCCUAAGCACUUUUAUCCCAUGCGACUCCACGAGAUACUUGCGGACAGAUAUCAAGUGGCUGUGAAACUUGGGUGGGGAACCAGCUCUACUGUCUGGCUGGCUAGAGAUCUUCAUCAGUGGCGCUGGCUUCCUCCACGUUAUGUUGCGAUAAAGGUCAAUGCAAACAACUAUUUAUCAGACGAAUGCGCCCGAAAGGAGUUACGAAUCACGGAGCGUAUAACCCAAGCAAACCCGGCCAACGAAGGCCGGUAUUUUGUUCGCACUCUACUUGACUCAUUCGAGUUAUCAGGUCCUGACGGCAACCAUAUCUGCAUGGUCUUUGAUCCCCUAUAUGAGCCUCUGUGGAUGUUAAAAAGGCGCUUCCAGGGAGACACUCUUCCUCCCGAUAUUCUAAAAACUAUCGUUCAGUUGGUUACUAUGGGCCUUCACUAUCUUCACACCGAAGCUCAUAUCAUCCAUACAGAUCUGAAGUCCGAUAAUAUUCUUAUGGCUCUUCGAGACCCUUCUAUACUCGACGCGGUUGUUCACGAUGAAAUCGAGAAUCCACUGCCUCAGAAAAAUGUCAAAGAUCGGACGAUAUAUCUGUCGCGGAAUAACUUUGGCUUACAAGUGGAUAAUCUAGGGAGGCCAGUGAUCACGGAUUUUGGGCUUUCUGUUGAAGGAGAUCAGGGACCUUAUAAUCACCCUAUUCAGCCUAAUGGAUUUCGAGCCCCAGAGGUUAUCAUCGGAGCAAACUGGGACUACAGUACUGAUAUUUGGAAUUUUGGCGCAUUGAUAUGGGAGCUCCUUUGUGGGACCGGCCCUUUUGAUUAUUCGACAUCAUCCUCUGGUGCAUCUUACAGCGAGGAAAAGCACUUAGCAUCUAUUAUCUCCUUGAUUGGGCCUCCGCCAGAGGAUAUGCUUAAACGCGGAAGUCAGAGUUCACGGUAUUUCAACGGCAAUGGUAUUUCAAUCACGAUUUUCUCAUCCCUCGAGUUAGUUGCUGAUUACCCAACAGGUCAAUUCAAAUGUCCCGACCUUAUUCCAAAAGCACGAGGACUGGAGCAAAAGCUUAUGGUCAUUGAGGGGGAAGAGAAGCGGUUGUUCUUGAAAUUUAUCUCGAGGCUACUGCAAUGGCGUCCAGAGGAUCGAGGAACUGCACAAGAGCUACUUUCUGAUCCUUGGCUAAAACCUUAA